AAUCAGAAGUCUCCUUUCAAACAGACAGAGAAGCAACAUUAUUCAAGAUGGCGUCAAGAAGAACGUAUUCCUAAAUUCUAUGCCUUAACUUCAAUCACGCGUCUCCUCUACCGACGGGAAGGGGUCGUUCAAGUGGAAUUUUUUUAGAAGAACGAAGAAACCGAAAAAACAAUGACGGACGAGUGCGUUUUAGAGUUCAAACAAUCGUUGGAAGAAAAUCUCGUGAGCAUCAGCAAGCCUGUUAUUUGCAUGUUGACGAUGUUGGCCGAAGAAAAUAUUGAGCAUGUCGAACAAAUUGCUGCAGUCAUUAUAGAACGCGCAACAAGGUCUCCUUCAAAGCACAAACUACCAGCUCUGUAUUUGAUCGAUUCGAUAAUGAAAAAUAUAGAAGGAAAGGAUCGUUAUGUUGCUGCAUUCGAAAAGCGAAUCGUUUCAACGUUCUGUGCAGUUUUUGAUAAGGUUGACGAAAAAGUUCGCGAAUCGAUGCAUAAAUUACGUCAAACGUGGAAUGGCGUUUUCAACGCUCAAAUUCUUCAUCAACUCGAUUUAAGUGUUAACAAAUUGGAUCCGGCCUGGCCAGUUGAUGAUAAUAAGCGUAGUUUAGAAACCCCGAGAAAGGUGCAUGUAAAUCCAAAAUUUAUAAGUUCACCGGCUAGUAGGACAGAAACUCCGGUUGCAGUAGUACAGCCGUCGCCGCAAGGAGAAUCAGACGACUCAGACAGUUUAAGGAAAAUUCUUAUAGAAAAGCAAGAACAAUUGACCAAAUUGCAAGAAGAAAUGAAAUUGGAAUCGGAUGUUGCAGAGAUUCGUGCAAAGCUGAACAAAAUGAGUGACGAAAAAAUAAAAAACAAGGGUAGCUCGAAAAGUGAGAAAAAAGACCGCAAAAUGAGAGAAUUGAGUGAGAAGAAAUCGAAUUCUGAUGGAGAUGUUCACACGAAAAAUAAAACUUUCCAAGAAAAACGAACGUAUCGCCGUCGUUACAGCGAAGAACAUGAAGAUGACAAAAAUGUAAAACCAGUUAAAGAAGCACCAACCUUAAGCGAUAAAGAAAAACUUGCCAGAGGGGGUUUUAAUCACCAUCCUGAAAAUAAGCGCAGGAGGAUAUCACCAGAUAAUAGAAAAUUAAUGGACCCUAGACAAAAUGAUAGGCAAAAUGAUAGACAAAAUGAUAGACAUAGGAAACAUAGAAAGGGACAAAAGAGACCAAAGGAUGAUAAGAAAGAUAACUAUGCUAACAAGGUUGAUAUUAAGCAAUUACCAAGAAUACCUAAGCUUACUUCUACUUCAAGAGUAAAUCCAAUUUUAUCACAGCCACAGCGUGGUAACUUUCCUUCUGACUACGGGUAUAAUCAAUCUCAUAAUGAGCCACCUUAUCUAAAAACUGAGAAAGAUUGGGGAAGAAAAUAUAAUAUGAGAGAAGGUAGUGGAACAGGAUAUAAGCACCCCCUUCUUCCAGAUCCUCAUGGAGUAAAACGACCACUUAAUAGAAAUCCCGAUGCAUGCCCUGAUGAGGUUAACAAUUAUGCUGAACCUUUUAAUAAUGGACGAAUAGGGCUUUGUCCGGUAUAUGAUUCAGCAGCUAUUGACAACUAUGUCAGUCCAUCUAAUCCUUAUGGAGGUCGAAGGCCCCCACCUCCAAUGCCACCAGCUUCAAUGCCACCAGCUUCAAUGCCACCGGCUUCAAUGCCACCGGCUUCAAUGCCACCAGCUCCAAUGCCCAAUAACGCAGGAGGAGUUAGGAUAGGAGGAGCAAGUGGUGGCUUAAUAAGCGAUCGACCAGUAGCUAGACCAGAACAGAGCUCACUUCCCGCUCCUCAAAUGAAUUGGAGAUCGAAUGAUCUUCAAGCACCAGCCGAAUCAUCCAAAAAUAAUGGUUCAUUUAAUAUUUUUGACUCAUUAACAAAUUCGAUUGGUUCAAAUCCUAGUAAAAUAUUGGAAUGGUUGAUAAAUGCAGGUGAUAAGUCAAACACUAACGAUACUUCUGUAACCCCCAAGCGUGCGGUUAAAGAUGAAGCACAACCCGAACCCGAAACGCCCACAAUUGUCUCACCUGCAGUCGCUUAUGGAUCAAAAAUUGCGUUUCCUUUGGAUAAUGAAAAUGCUAGGCUUGAAAAUGUAUCUGAUAUGACAUCCUUUAAGAAGAGUGUUCUUAAAACUCAUCAGCCAGGUGUUGUUCAGAGAUUAUAUUUGGGUUACCAAUGCACUAACUGUGGUAUAAGGUUUACUGAAAACAAUCAGGAACUUUACGCCAGUCACUUAGACGGUCAUUACGAGAAAAAUCGUACUAAUAUGACUCAAUCUAAAAUUAAAAAGCAUAGGAAAUGGUUUCCUACGAUAGAUAAAUGGAAACUUAUCAAAGAUUUCUCAACCUUGAAAGAUGGUGAUGAUAAUGAAACAAAUGUUCCCGUUGCAACCGCUGUGGGAACUAAAUUUCCAGUAGCGAGUAUUAAUGAUAAGGAGAACAUUUGCGCAAUUUGUCAAGAACCUUUGACAACAUUCUUUAAUGACGAACAGGACCAAUGGCUUUUGAAAGAUGGAAUCUUGGUUGGUGGGAAAUUUUAUCAUCCUAUUUGCGCUGAAGAUCGGCCCGAACCUGCAGAUACAAGUUUACUUGUUAAGGAAGAAAUGGCUGAAUAAGAUAUUUGUACAGCAAGUUGUUGAGUUAUUCCUGGUUAAUUACUUAUAAAAUAAAUCUGUCGUUUUUUUUCAAAAACUAGUAUGUGAUUUUUACGACGAAUCAGAAAUAUAA